CAUUUCCAUGGUGAACCCCAGAUUUGGUUCCCCACCCGGGCAGGUGCCACGCAGCCUUUUUUUCAUCCCAAAGCCACAAACCCAGCUGAAAAAUCCCCACCCAAUGCCAUUUUUCAGGGAUAAACAGGAUUAUUCUUGGGUUUAUUCCCUUGGGGAGGAUGGAUGGGAGUGGGAGAGGCAGCUGCUGGUCACGGAGGAGGUUUGAUGCCAGGUUUUGCUGGGAUGCUCGUGCUGCUCCUCAGGAAACCCGGAGCAUUGUCAGCUCUUCCGUUGCGACGUGUGAUUGUUCACCAGCAGGUUUCUCUUCUGCUUUUCUCCAGGCAGAGCUGAAGUCCCAGCUUCCUGCCCUUCCCCUGACUGCUACUGCCUUCUCAAAAGCCAGCUUGGCUUUUUGCAACUUUUUUUUUUCUGUGGUUUGAAGCACGAGACAGAAUAUUUCUGCUGUUUCUGUUGUAGAAGAUGUCACCAUGUGCUGGGUUGGAAGCAGGAAUUGCUGCUGUGCUGAGGAUUUAGGGCUCCCAUGAAAGAAGAGCAGGAGGAUGGAUUACGGUGGCUGCCAGUACCUGGUUCCCUGUGGAAAAGACAAAUUCAUCUCCAAAAAUGAGCUGCUCUUACACUUGAAGACCUACAACAUCUACUACGAGGGGCAAAACCUUCAGCUGCGGCACCGGGAGGAGGAAGGCGAGCUGGUCGUGGAGGGGCUGCUGAACAUCUCGUGGGGCUUGAGGAGACCCAUCCGCCUGCAGAUGCAGGACGACAACCAGCGCAUCCGCCCGCCGCCCUCCUCCUCCUCCUGGCACUCGGGCUGCAACCUGGGGGCCCACGGCUCCAUGUUGAAGCCCAGCACCUUGCCAGACAUCCAGGUUACGGAUGUGGACGCCGCGCCGAACGCGGAGUCUCCCGGGAAUACAGCCCCCAGGCCGCAGGGGGAGGAGGCGCCGCAGCUGCUGCGGACGCGGAGCGAUGCGGGGGUGCGGCGGCGGGGCAGCUCCCGCACCCCCGGCGAGCAGCGCCGCAUCCGCCGCCACCGCUUCUCCAUCAACGGGCACUUCUACAACCACAAGACCUCUGUCUUCACGCCGGCCUAUGGCUCUGUCACCAACGUCCGGAUCAACAGCACCAUGACCACCCCCCAGGUCCUCAAACUGCUGCUCAAUAAGUUCAAGAUUGAGAACUCAGCAGAGGAGUUUGCUCUCUACAUUGUCCACACCAGUGGAGAGAAGCAGAAGCUGCGCCCCAGCGACUACCCCCUGAUCGCCCGCAUCCUGCAAGGCCCCUGCGAGCAGGUCUCCAAGGUCUUCCUCAUGGAAAAGGACCAGGUGGAAGAAGUCACCUACGAUGUUGCUCAGUACAUCAAGUUCGAGAUGCCCGUUCUCAGGAGCUUCAUCCAGAAGCUGGAGGAAGAGGAGGAUCGGGAGGUGAAGAAGCUGAUGCGCAAGUACUCCAUCCUCCGGCUGAUGAUCGAGCAGAGGCUGGAGGAGAUCUCUGAAGGUCCCACGGCGAUGUGAAGCUCUGCUCCCGUGCCCUGGCUCCCGGUUGCAUCCCACAAAGAGCCUUUUGCCUGCAGGGUCUGCUGCCCUGAAGCCCAAACCCUCAGCAUUCCUGAUGUCCACCCAGCUCACUCCAGCUUGGAGCCAACCCACCCUCUGGUGCCUUCAUCUGCGCAGCAUCCAAGGGGAAUUCCUCCUCGGCCAGAGGAGUUGUUCCCAGCAAGGCUCUGCCUGGUGGCAGCUUCAGCCAAAACCUCAAAUCCCUGGAAAUAACAGGGGGAAAAGAAGCAAAAAAAAGAAAAAAAAAAAAAAAAAAAGGAGGAAAACCAUGAGCAGGACAGAGUCACCAUGAACAUGGAGUUUUGGGGCUUGGCCUCAGCUGUGCCUGGUUCCUGGCAGAGGAUCCACUGCUGGGUGGCAAGAGAGCACAAAGAACUCCUCUUUUUUUCCUUCUUAAAUAGAUACAAAAAAGCACAUUUCUAUUGCAAUAAUUGGCAGGCAACGGGAAGUUUCUGGAAAUGGAGAAGGCCAGCUGGGAAUCGGGGUGUUGCUGUUCCUUCUUUAACACUUCUGCAACCCUGGGGCCAAUGGUUGGAUUUACAGCACAAAUCGCUUCUUCCCAGCGUGUUCCCUUAACCUGCAUCUGGUCUCAUAACCCUCUCCUCCCCUGCCACCCUUCCCCUUUUCUGAUUUGCACUAAUUUUAGGGAUUUUUUUUUUUUUUUAAGAAAACAACCAUCAUUUCCAGCUUCUCCAGGAGGCUGAAGAUGCCAAAUAGCUCUGGCAGGAGGAGCUGAUGGUGCUGAGCGUCUCCGGAGGGGCGCGGAGCGGAGAGCAGGGGGUGGCGGGAGGAGGGGGAGGCAGAAAGCAGGGAAGAAAUGGAUGUCGUGGGUGGGUUUUGCCACGGUGCCAUCACAUCAUCCCAGUGAAACCUGGAACUGCCUCCAUUACCACCUUCCCACCUGGAAAAAUCUCUUUCCUCCCAGGCUAAACCAGCAAUAGCAAUUUUAUACCUCGGUGUGAACUAAACCUCUGACUUUCUCCCUCCCUCGAGUUUUUGCAAUGUCUCUUUGUACAAUUAUUUUCUUUUCCUUUGGUUUUUUAAAAUGUUCAUGGUUGCUUUUCCACCUUUAACACCUGUUAGGGAAAGUAUUGUACAGGGAGAGAAGCAUUUUUAUGGAUUGGGAGGAUGACUGUGGCAUUGCUUUGUUGAUUAACAAGAAAACAAAACAUGUAGCAACUGAUUACAGAAUGAAAA